UUAGCUUCAUUUCCGCCUUAUUGCACCAUACGAAGUUAUUGCUGUUAGGGUUGUGUUUUGAUAGUUUUUAUAAUUAUAAACAGUACAUAAUACUAACGCAAAACUGUUUUAUUUACUUUUAAGAUAACAUUAGUAUAUCAAAGCAUUGAAAUAUAAAAAGAAUGGCAGAAUCAGAUUGGAGUGAAGUUACUUACAUUGGACACAGACCUGGCAAGGCAAGCCAGUUGAGGUCCAAACAGGCUGUCAACUCUGCACUAAGGACAGGCGCAGACAUUGAAACCAAUAAGAAAUAUGCUGGAGGUCAAAAUAAACAAAUGUCUGCCAACAAAAAUACAGCUAAACUUGAUAGGGAAACAGAAGAGUUACACCAUGAACAUGUCGCAUUGGAUGUGGCCAAACUUAUUCAACAAGGUCGCCAAGCGAAGGGCUGGACCCAAAAGGACCUUGCCACUAAAAUCAAUGAGAAGCAACAAGUUGUGAAUGACUAUGAAGGUGGCAAAGCUAUUCCUAAUCAACAAGUUAUUGGGAAGCUUGAAAGAGUUUUAGGAAUGAAGCUUCGUGGCAAAGAUAAAGGUCAACCACUAAAUACAAAAUGAAAGAAUCAAGAUUUAUUUGCUGACCACCCCUUGUUCUAAAGAGAAUGGUUUGCACCAGCAGUCUUAAUUACAAUGAGGGUGUGGUCUCUCUGCCCUUAUGUUUUUAUCAAGUUUAACUUUCAUUUCAAAUCAUGAGUUUGUUUCCACCAACACUUCUAGCCAACUUGUGAUCAGAUGAAGCUUACUAACAGAAACAUACAUUAUGGAUUCCAGUGGGAUCAUUGGAUAUGUCUGCUGCCAAAAUAGAAGUGUUUUUUUUUUUUUUUUUUUUUCUUCUAGUGGAAAUAGUUUUCUUUUUUUUUUUUUUUUUCUUUAGACAUUUGGUGCUUUUGUUUUUUUGUGUUUUUUUUUUUUUUAAAGAAGAAAAAAAUUAGCAUCUCCUACGUUGUUAUUUUAAAUUUUUCUUAUAGCCACUUCAUUGAUUUAGCACAAAUUGUCAAUGUGUCUCUGAAAUAAUGAAGUCUAUAAACACCAGAAUAUAAAGUGCAUUCAAAUGUUAAAGUUGCUUCUUUUUAAUAAUAAAAUGAUUUUCAAAAUCUUAACAUUUUAAUGGAUUUUUUUGUUUUGUAGGGAAAUUAUUUUUUAUUUUAAAUACUUGUACAAAUGUACUUUCAAUGAAUCAUUUAGAAAAAUCUUGACUGAUCUCACAACCACAUUAGUGCCUUGGAUUGAGUUGUUUCCCCUCAAGCUGUACAAACCACACUGUCACCAAUAUGUUUAUAUUUUUACACAAGUUUUUGAACUUAAUCAGUAUAAAGCUGUGAUUGUCAUACACCAAAUAUUUUAUUUACUAAGUGGUUUCUAUGCUAUUAAAGAAAAUAAGUAUUUGGGUUUCUGAGGUGUUGAUCCAAAAGCGUGUAGUCAAUGAUUACAUGUGCAAAUUGUCAUACAUAGGAACAUGUUGAUGUCAAUAGAAAUAGUUUUGAGAGUCAAUGAAUAUUAAAGUGAACAUUGUUGAGAGUACAAAGUCAUGUUUUUGUGUCAAAUAAAAAGUUGACACAGUUACAAUCUUGUAACUUGCAUUUAUGCAUCUUUUGUACAUAAAAAUCUUGAACUUCUGGGAUGUUCUUGAAAUUUGUGCUAAAUCCUUGACAGGCUUCAAAUUAAAAUAUUUUAAUUAGGAAUCUCAAUUAUAAAAUGAGUGAUUGUUUGAUCAUAGGGUAGAAUGUCAUUUGUUUGAUCCAAGGGGAUAUUAUGAAUGUAAGACUUUGGUGUUUAUAUAUUACGAAAGCUGCCAUUAACAUUUCCUACCAGAUUCAUGAAUCUUGUUCAUAUUGGAUUGUUUUUAAUUUGAUCUUAUUAAAAUUAUUGAAAGUCAACAA